AUGAAACAGUAUCUUAAAAAUAUUUUCUCGGAUGACAAUAUAAUUGCCGAAACGUUUAAAUACAUUGAAGUUCGACCUCCGUGGGGAAGUGAUUUACCAUUAUCUGUUCUUACCUAUUUAUUAACCGAAGGAUCAAAUGGAUUGGGAUCUGAACUUUGCACAAAAGGGAAUGACAUGGAAUUGUUCCAUUUUUUGACAGGAGGACCUCACACAAUAGAUCAGGCAUUCAAUAUCUUACAUAAGAAUAUGCCUUUAAUUAAACAUUUGAUCGUCGACAUGAAGUUUACCCCAUUUCCACCACGACCAAAAGCUAAGCAAAUAGAUGGAUUUACCAAUAUUACUCAAAUAAAUCCAUCUGAAAGAUAUCCACCAAAGGAUGGAUAUGAGAACAACAGGCAACUUAAUGUCAUCGCUCGCGCGAUUUUAAUUUCAAAAGACCUAGUAAACCUUUGGAAGAAAAUAGGUUAUUGUGAAAUUUGCGAUGAUGUGAACGAUUUAGUAAUGCAAGGGCAACUUCUCAUUCUCUUCCCUCCAAAUCCAUCCGCAAAAUGGGUUCAACCGAAUACUCUCAUUGUAAGUGAGCGACUCAAGGAAUUAGUGGAUCUUGGUUUUGAUUUAAGUUAUUCAGUUAUUGUGGACAUUUUUCUACUUUUUGAGAAACGUCUCAAAAAUAUUGGAGAAAUUUUAACGGAAUCAUUUAUAAAUAUUAAAGAAGAACAUCAAACUACGUUUUUGGAGAAAACUUCAAUAGAAUUGUUAAAAAAUUCACGAAAUUUAAAAGAUUUAGAUAUAUUGGAUUUCUUAUUUAAGUGCCUGCAUAAUCCUGAGACUGUGUUUAACAAUAUAUUAGAUUAUUUCAUUGAUAAUACUAAUGAAUCCUCUAAUAACAUAAGUUUAUCAGUAAAAUCAUUAACCUUUUCACCAAAGUUUUAUUAUUGGAUUCUAAUUAAAUUUGGAACAGAUUCAAAUCUAACGAUAAAAUGUUUCGAGGAAAUUCUUGAUACAUUUGUUAAUUUAGAUAUACAGUUACAGCAAAAUUCUGAUAAUGAAAUUUAUCAAAUUUUAUUUAAGUCGACAUGUGAUAUAUUGUUUGCUUAUUGUAAUGUUAAAAAUUUUUUCAAACCUUUACAUUUAGAUAAAUUAUUCAAAUGUACAAAUAAUGAUAUUUUAUGUAUAGUAUUUGAACAUUAUUUACCCCUUUUAUUUGGUAUAGAGAUAACACAAAUGUUAUUACCAUUACCAACUACAGAAGAAUUUUAUUUACACUACACACCUAAUUCAAACACUAAGCGAGAAUGCACUAAACAGGAAUUGGAAGAUUGGUUUUCAAAACUUGAAAACAUAUUUUACACUUUAUAUUAUGAAAAAAAUAAUGCAACGGAAGAAUUUAAAAAAUCUUUAUUUAUUUUUUGUGAAACCAAAUUACCAGAAUCAAAUUUUGUAUCAGAAAUAAGAAAAAAACGUAAGAUAAAUUAUGAAUAA